AUGGAUCUCUCUCGCAUCUUAGCCGCGAAUAUCGACGGUCGUACCCAAAACGCUCGCUAUCGCCAAUCUCAAUUCCAGAAGCUCCAAUCAAACCUCGUGAAGCACAUUGCUUCAAUCCAAGAUGCCAUCAGCUCAGACUCAGGUCACACGCGCGCCGAAGUCCGCGCCGAGGUUGUACUCGCGCUGCAAGAGAUCCGAACCCAUUACUCCGGCUUGAGCUUGGAGAAGGAUCUCGAGGCUGAGUAUCGCAUUGCGUGCGGUAAAGAUAACACAGAUGGCAUGCGUGGCAAUGGAAUUGUAUACAUCGUACCAAAUGCGCAUACCUUGUUUUAUUCCGUCAUGUCAGCGUUGAGUGCUGCUCUCGCCGCAGGCAACUGCGUCGUUCUUGAGCUCCCUCAAACAACAAGCGCUCUCCCAGCCCUCCUACGCAAGAUUCUUCCAGAAGCACUAGACCACGACACAUUUAGCAUCACAGCCCAAAGACCGGAUCCUUCAUUCCUGAACAAGGCAUUGAUAGUCGAUCAAACCGGCGAAUCAAACAACGGCAGUGGUCUGGUCUCACCAGCUACCGCAAGGACGGUGGCUAUAGUUGACCGCACCGCCAACAUCACUGAAGCCGCACAGGCAUUGGUAGCAGCGCGGUUCGCACUCGGUGGUCGGUCGCCAUAUAGUCCGGAUUUAGUGCUCGUGCACGAAUUCGCGAUGAAGCCAUUCGUCGAGGCUGUUAUUCAGCAUGCGUCGAAGUACCUUGCUGGGGAGAAUGGAGAGGCCAGGCCUCUCUUAAGGAAGUCUAGCUUGUUGGAUUCUAUCCAGAAGGAUAGGAAUGCAAGGGUUCUUGUUUCUGGGAGUAAUUGGGGUGUCGUUGAGGUUCAGGAUCGUAAAUCACCCCUCUUGCAGAAGAAGAUUUCAGAGAAAGUGUUCCUUGUUCAUCCAUUCUCUAGCUUGGAUGAUGCUAUUGAUACCAACUUCAAUGAAACCCUGGCAGCAACCUAUGCUUUCGCAGCCCCAUCUUCAGCCAAAUACCUAACCCAAUUCAUCGAUGCCCACGUAUCAUGGGUUAACCAUAUCCCUAGCCACAUGCUCAUCGGACCAGCCAUCCCAAAGAACACAGCCCCAUCUACACAAACCCGCUACACAAAGUCUCAAUUCGAACUCCCACGCCCACAACUAAUAACUCAAACUCCAUGCGCGGUACAGGUUAUCCUUGAUAACAAUACGGCCAAGGCAGAUACAGUGUGGCGGGAGGCUAUUGCACCGCUGGCAUCGACCAAGCAGAGACCAGGCUUUAAGAUUGGGUUCUUUGAACAGGGGAUUAUCACUGGUGGUCUUAUUACGCUUGCUUCGUUGGUUGCUACUAUUUCUACUUUGGGGUAUUAUACUUGGACCUAUGUGCGGAGGGUUUAA